UCGCAAUAUAAUAGACUUAUUUUUUCCUGAACAGUUGCCUCCUUUUUCCACAUUCGAGCAGUUAAACAUAUCCAGCAUCUCCACUGUUUUGAAAAGACCCCCAGCUAUUAUGCGUCAAGAGGCUAAUGAGUCCGCUUCACCUUUUUAUUGCCCUGCCUGGGCAUUUGUGAAGCCUGAGCGUGGCCUUUUAAUUGCUGUUAUUAAAUAAAUCACCUCCCUUCUUCCCCGGAGUCUGUGGACAGUUUGACUGGCGUGCGUAAUAGAUAUGUGUGCAGGGACAGGCUUUGUGUUAAAGCCCUCCCUACGACUUAAAGCACAUUUGAAGAGGGAAACGCUGCUCUGGUAAAUAAGGAGUGUUGCUCCUGCGGCCCUCGAUUAGGUCCCUCCUAAUGUGGUGUUGAGCAGCGGGGUGAUGGUGUGUUUCUUCUGGAUGGAGAGUUCAGAUUUAAAACAGACUGGUCUGCUGAGGAGUGAGGGCGAAGACUGACCGCUACACUAUGGACUUCCACAGAAGACAUGAAGAACCUACCAAGGAGCUCAGUGUGAGUCCAUUAGAGGGUCUGCCAGACCAGACUGAGCAGAAUAGCCCCCCCACCGGCCCACCAGACAGACCAGUCUGCACCAGAUGCUGCAACACCAUCACUGAUAAAUAUCUGCUGAUGGUAAACGGACAGAGCUGGCAUGUGCACUGCCUGUCCUGCAGUGUGUGCCACACAGCGCUGAGCGGGCAGACCAGCUGCUUCAUCAGAGACAGAAAAGUGUACUGUAAACCCCAUUACUACAGGAAGUCCCACUGUGCAUGCUGUGGUCUGCCGGUGCAGUCUAGUGACUGGGUCCGCAGGGUAAAGGGGCACGUUUACCACCUGGCCUGCUUCUCCUGCUCGUCCUGUAAGAGGCAGCUGGGAACAGGAGAGCAGAUUGCCGUGCUGCAGGACACUCUGCUGCUCUGCAGGACGCAUUACGACUGCAUGCAGCAGCAGGAGAAAGGAAAGUGUGGUACUCCUGCUGGAGACGCUGGAGCCAAACCAUCAAAACGAGCUCGCACCAGUUUCACAGCACAGCAGCUGCAGAUAAUGCAGGCCCAGUUUGUGCAGGACAGCAGCCCAGACGCCCAGGUCCUGCAGACACUGUCUGAGCAAACCGGACUGAACCGGAGGGUCAUCCAGGUCUGGUUCCAGAACUGCAGAGCGAGGCAUAAGAAGCACGUUGGUCUGAACCACCUGUACCCAUGUCUGGACCAGCAUCUGUGGCCGGUCUACACUUCUACAUCCCUGCUCAGUCCCACAUCCACACUUAACUCUCCUCACUGUGGAGCUGCUGAUAUGGAUGCUCAUCUGUUGUGCUGCUCCAGCCUCUACCACCCCAACAACCAUCAGCUCUACCCAUCUACAUUCGCCAAACACCUUCAGUAUACACCUGGACCACUGCAACACCCACAGACUGCAGCUGUAGAACUGUAGAGGAGUGUGUCCAUCUUCUGUACCUGUCACCUGGAGAAGAGAUACAAAAAAAUGUAUUUCCAGACAAAAAUCUACACUGUCAAUGUACACAGAUUUCCUGCUUUCCUAUCAUUUGCUUUAUUUGUAUGUUCACUAGAGCUACGAGGCUAAUUUAUGAGUAACAAGGCUUACAGCACUGAAAACUGCCUGUCAGGAUUAUCACCCAUUCACCCACAAACUUUGUGAACUUGUUAAAUAAUCUCUAACAGACAUUGUAAAUAUGGUUUCAAAAAAUAAUGAUUUUUGGGGUCCUUUGUUUUGGAAUGCCCACCGAAUGCAUAAUGAAUGUAAUCAACCAAAGCCCAAAAUUCAAAGAUUUGUAUUCUGUAAGUGUCAGAAACUCUGAAUAGGAAUAUGAAUCAGACAUUGUUUGUAUUAUAGCAUUCCUCUG